AUGGGGAAUUCCAAUGUCCCGACAAACAACUCUACUAAUCCUCAAGUCCAACCCGCCCCUGCCCCUGCAGCUCGAACAUGGGCAAAUGUGGCGAAGAUAUUGACUAAAGGAUACCAAUUAGCAUAUGUUCCCCCUUUGAUGGAAGAUGGUGAAGUCAUUGUCAACAUCACACCAGAGGUAGUUGCUGAUGAGAAUCCAUGUUGGCUGGAAUGUAUUGUAGGACACUAUAUUGGUAAGAAAGUUCCCUUCAAGUUAACCGAAGAAGCAGUUAAGAAAUCUUGGGGAGACCAAGUAGUUGAUGUAAAGCUACAUGAGAAUGGUUUUUAUUUCUUCCAAGUUCCGAAUGCUGAAUUUCGCAGAAAUAUUAUUGAUUCGGGAUCAGUUUCCAUCUUUAGUAGCACAAUGUUGCUCCAACAAUGGCACUCGAAAAUGAAGCUCAAGAAAGGUUCCUUUGAUUCCCUCCCGGUUUGGGUUAGACUAAGAGAUAUUCCAUUCUCUCUAUGGUCUCCGGCUGGAAUUGGGCGAAUAGCCAGCGCUAUAGGGAAUCCACUAUAUGUGGAUAGGCAAACAGAACUUAUGACCCAGAUUUCUUAUGCUCGUGUAUGUGUGGAAAUUAAGGCCAUUACUCCCCGUGUAGAAGCAGUUAAGUUUCGAUGGGAUGAUGAAGUGAAUGUGAUCAACAUUGAAUAUGAGUGGAAACCUUUAGUAUGUUCUUCUUGUGGAGAUUUCGCCCGGAUAGCCCAACAUGCUCCAGAAGAUGAAGUGGCACUAAACCAGGGGGAAAUGGAGCUUUCGUCUGCUGGUUUGAAUCCCGCAGGAGUUAUCGCCCGGAUAGGUUCUGACCUGGAUCAGUCUAAGGACAUAGAGGGUGGACAGAACCAGACUCCAGCAACAUAUCCUAUAGAGCAAAUUGAUCAGCAGGAUGAGGAUCCUUCUCAAAGUUCACAGUCUUGCACAGAAGGCUCUUCUGAGUCUGGGAUUUUAUUGGAGAAGACUACUGUUGCUGAAGACUUGCUGGAGAUGGAACCAGCUUCUGUAUCCCCUCCCAAUACUCGUUCACGAACUAUGGCGUCCAGUGCUACGGAUGAGACUUCUAAAUCCUCUCAUGGCACCACACCUACUUCGGCUUGUCCUGUAAAGGUACCUAACCUGUCCUCCUCUAAGAAAUCUAAGAGGAGGAGGACAAGGAAAUAUCAGAGGCUUUCUGCAUGUGACACUCCAUGGAUUGUUGCAGGAGAUUUCAAUGCCAUCAGAGACCCAAAUGAUAGAGUGGGUAGCACAACUCCAUGGAUCCCAGCCUUUGAUGAGUUUGGGGACUGUCUAAACCAAACAGGAUUAGAGGAUCUUCGAUAUGUUGGUUGUAGAUAUACUUGGUCUCAUUCCUCUGGGGUUAAUCGCAAACUUCGCAAGAUUGAUCGGGUGCUCAUUAAUGACCUCUGGAAUCAGCAUUUCUCCUUCUCUGAAGCAACCUUCCUUGCUCCAGGUAUUUCUGAUCACUCCCCCAUGGUGAUCAAAAUUCUACCGACUCAAAAUUCCAAGAAAUCCUUCAAGUUCUUUAACUUUUGGACUACUCAUCCAAAAUUCUUGGACAUAGUAGCUGAAACUUGGAACACCCAUCAGGACGAGGAAUGA